AAAAAAAUAAAUUAAAGUGAAAAAAUAAAAACAUUUAAAAAAUGCCUAAAAGAAAAAGAAGCUCCACACCAGAGAGUCUCGACGAUGGAGUUGAUGAUGAUUUAGUUGACGAAAAAGGGAUGCCAAUUCAGCGAAAUGCUGCAAAUGCCCGUGAACGUGCUCGUAUGAGGGUUCUGUCCAGUGCCUUUUACAAACUAAAAACAAUCAUUCCGUGGGUGCCUCGAGAUACAAAGCUUUCCAAGCUGGAUACUCUUAAAUUAGCCACAAACUACAUUUCAUUUCUUGCUUCGGUAUUAAAAGGGGAGCCCGUGGACAUGAUUUCACGAAGCAUGCAGCAACCACAGAAACUGACGUGGCCGUUCAUCUUUCAGCAAAUGCAUGACAAAGCACCGCCGACACCCAGUCGACAUCCGCAAAGUAGUUACAACAACAACAACAAUGACGGCGAAAAGGCAGCGAUGAUGUCGGAGAACAAAAGUUGGAAUGAUUUUUCCUUUAGUGAAAUGGAAUUUUAUGAGAGCAAGUCAUUUUUGGGAAACGGAUAUGAAAUGUUUAAAAAUGAACAUGCAACUGAAUUGGCCUGA